GAAUGAUGCGUCUGGUCAAACAGAACCCGGCGCACAGGUACAGCGCUCAUGAAAUAUAUAAAUAGAUGCUCACCGUUCUUCUGAAUAUUAUAGAUGCCAAGCUUCAUUAAUCGAUAAGCCACAUAGGAUUUCUUUGAAGUAAUCUUUUGAUCAAGGUCUAAAAGGAUGCCUGGAUCUGUCCCUGCAAAUGGUGAGGCCACCUGGCCUAAAGAUGUGGGCAUCAUCGCCCUGGAGAUCUACAUCCCCUCGCAAUAUGUGGAGCAGUCAGAGCUGGAGCAGUUUGACGGCGUCUCCGCGGGCAAGUACACCAUCGGCCUGGGCCAGGCGCGGAUGGGCUUCUGCUCCGAUCGCGAGGACAUCAACUCCCUUUGCAUGACGGUGGUCCAGAGGCUGAUGGAGAGGAACUGCCUGUCCUACGACUCCAUAGGCCGCCUCGAAGUGGGCACGGAGACCCUCAUCGACAAGUCCAAGUCGGUGAAGUCGGUCCUCAUGCAGCUGUUCGAGGAGUCUGGAAACACAGACGUGGAGGGCAUCGACACCACAAACGCAUGUUAUGGGGGUACGGCAGCCCUGUUCAACGCUGUCAACUGGGUGGAGUCCAGCUCCUGGGAUGGCCGCUAUGCCCUGGUUGUGGCAGGAGACAUUGCAGUCUAUGCCACUGGCGGUGCCAGACCUACAGGUGGCGCCGGAGCCGUGGCCAUGCUUGUGGGCCCCAAUGCCCCGCUGGCAUUUGACAGAGGUCUGCGGGGGACACACAUGCAGCACGCCUACGACUUCUACAAGCCAGAUAUGGUGUCCGAAUACCCGGUGGUGGACGGCAAGCUCUCCAUACAGUGUUACCUGAGCGCGUUGGACCGGUGCUACGGUGUAUACCGCAACAAGAUUCACGCCCAGUGGCAGAGAGAGGGUGUCGACAAGCGCCUCAGCCUGGAGGAUUUCGACUACAUGGUCUUCCACUCCCCCUACUGCAAGCUGGUGCAGAAGUCAUUGGCACGUCUCCUCCUCAACGACUUCCUGUCCCACCCUAAUCCCAACACUGAAAGUGGCUUAUACAGUGGCCUGGAGGCUUUUAGGGAUGUGAAAGCAGAGGACACUUACUUUGACCGGGAUGUGGAGAAAGCUUUCCUUAAAGCGAGUGGGGAGAUGUUUGAGCAGAAGACCAAGGACUCUCUGCUGGUGUCCAACCAGAAUGGCAACAUGUACACCCCCUCUGUGUACGGCUGCCUAGCCUCUGUCCUUGCCCAGAGGACGCCUCAGCAGCUGGCUGGCCAGAAAAUUGGGGCAUUCUCGUAUGGCUCUGGGUUCGCUGCCACGCUCUACUCCAUUCGAGUGACACAGGAUGCCACACCUGGGUCAGCACUGGAUAAGCUGGUGGCCAGCUUGAGUGACCUUCAGGCCAGACUGGACUCCAGGAAAAAAGUGUCUCCCGCUGUCUUUGCUGAUAUCAUGAAACUGAGAGAGGACACUCACCACUUAGCAAGCUACACACCCCAGGGUUCGGUGGAUGAGCUGUUCCCGGGUACCUGGUACUUGACACACGUGGACGAGAAGCACCGCAGGCAGUACUCCAGACGCUCCCAGAGCGACGACACGCCCCUGGAAGCAGGCCUGGUCAACUCCACAACAAAAACAGAGCAUAUCCCCAGCCCGGCGAAAAAGGUGCCCCGUAUUCCUGCCUCCAACGCUGGCCCUGGCCUCGUCACCAUUAGCAACGGGGAUCACUGAUAUGACCUCUAAGAGGUAUCAAAAUGGCAACGGUUAUGGAAGAGGGAAACAGAAAAGGACCCGAAAGCAACUUUUUCUGACCAAAUCCUUGCCGUAUCAAUAACUACUGUGUAACACAUGACUUGUUUUUUCAUCCCAGCUUGAUCACUCAAAAUUUAUUUUGCCAUCAUCACUAUGCUUUAUGUUUUUGUCUUAUAUUUGAUUUUUGUGUGUUUGUUUUAUUUGUUUCCUGUUUAUGUCUGUUUUUUUUUUUUAAGAUAACACUCAUAGGAC